AUGAAAUUAAAGUUUUAUGAUGCACCUGUUAAUGGAUCUAAGAAAGGAUCAGAUGAAGCAAGAUUGUCAACCAGGUUUGGUGUUGUUAGUUGUUGUGUUGUACAGGAGUUUGAUGUUCGUAGUAAGAAUGAGCUUCUUACAAAAGAACGUGCUGAGUUUAUCAAAUUAUUGCAGCAAGCCCAGAGUGAGGCUGCAUCUGCAUUUGGAAAUGAUGAUCCUAUAGGAGAAAACAUUUCCCUAGAAUUCAAUUCAACAGAACCUGCACCCUUCCAUGUUGCAGCUUUGGCUUCUGGUCUUGCAAUUGCUUCUCCAACAGAACAAAGAACUAGAGAGAAAUUGUUAGCAGUUGUUCCACAACAAAUGAUGCGCUUUAUUUAUGGAGGGAAUCUAUUGGGUGGUGUGUUUUCUUUAAACCAUUUCCAAAUCGAACCAACCUAUGCUAAGUAUCCGAGAUAUCAAGAAUACAGUUUAUUACGUGGUGAUUUGAUGAUUAAGAUCAGCAACAACACGCGGUUUAAUCGUUUGGCCGAUGCUAUCAUAUCAUGGUUUCCGGUUUUCCCAUUGGUUCCCUCAAUAAAAAUUUUAGUAGAAGAUCGGACAGAGAGAAAAAUGAUGAUCGGUAUUGUUGGAAAAAUCAUCAGAGGCAAGCGAAACUAUUCCCGUUACUCUGGUUUACUGACGUUAACUUCUUUCACUUUAUAUCUCCAAGAUGGGCCGGAGUAUAAUAAAGAUGAAACUACAUAUAACCGACCGAACACGCCAUCAAAUUGUGAGGACUGUCUAUGCGAUAGAGAGAAAGUAUAUAAUAUUUGUUUCUCGGGUGAAAUUGGUUCAUUUGGAUUCAAUGAACAUUUUGAUAUCAACCAAACUAAGCAACGUAGAGUUCCAACCGCGGAUGCCGGAAGCAUUUAACAUCAUAAAUAUGCCUAGAAGAAUUUUUAAUUCCGUGUGAGACAUUUGGUGGUGUUUUUUUUUGAAGUUUUGACAACUUUUACGAGUGCGUUGCUUUUAUUGUUGAUCUACAUUAAUGUUAGACAUAUUAUGGUGAAUUUUUUCAUGUAUGG